AUGACAUUUGACGACCCGUUGCUCCACAACCUCCCAUUUACCCCGACAGCCGCAUACGAUUUUGACACCCUUAGCACAACAUUUGAAGACCCGUUCUCCUACCCAGCCAGACCGUUCGGUAACGAUGUCGCCAACACCGCUCUCAUGGGAAAUUUGGGAGGGCUAGGCGUCGACCCAGAAAGCUGCUACAAUGGCAACCACGGUGGCGCCGAGGGGUCAUCCUCCCCACAAGAACUCGACAACAAACUCCUCGGCUUCGGCGCGGUCGUCCCAGGCAAAGCCACCCUGAUCGACCCCUUGGGACAGUUUAUCGAACCUAUGAUGAGCGCAGAGUUAUACGGCAUGUUCUUUGUCGCCGAGGACGUCUUUGGGGCAGAUAACGGCGGCGAUAACCGACGUCCGAUGGAGUUGACUUGCUACAGGAGGAAUCUAUGGCAGUGUUCUGGGCAGAUUACUCUCCCGAGACAAGUGGCGCAAUAUGCUGUGGCCGAUGGGCAGCAACGGAUGCCAGUGGUGGAAUUAGCGGCGUCUAUCACGGCGCUCGAGAGUAUUGAAGGGAAACAAACGGAGAUCAUUUCCAUCCCGUGGAAGAGUAACAAUCCUGCUCUAGGAGGAGUGACUGAGGAAUCGACAAAGUCCGCAGGGGCGCCAGCGAUAACUGUGUUGGACUUGGGGUCGGGCCAGGAGAUUGAUGGGACGAACAGAGUGACGGUGGGGGUGUCGUGGAAGAGACUGCAGUUUAAGCAUGCCACCGCGAACAAUGGGCGGAGGAAGGGACUCCAGCAGCAUUACGUGGUGCAGAUAAAUCUGCUGGUUAAGGGGAAGGGUGGAGAGUAUGUCAAGGUUGCCGAAGUUCAGUCGGGACCGGUCAUUGUGCGAGGCAGAAGUCCCAGGAAUUUUGACAGUAGGAAAGACGUGCCUCUGUCAGGAGACAAGAGGCUACUGGAGAGGAAAAGCAUCGAGGGGUUGAGUUCGGGCUCUACGACUACGAAGCAACAGCAGCAACAUAUGGGAACUCCACAGAGCCAGCCCCUGAGUCAAGAUUUUGGGCAAGGUUUUCUUCAUGGAUAUCAGGGGAUGGGAAGUUUACCGGUAUGCCUCCAAGUCUGA